AUGAAGGUCGAGCUCUGCAGCUUCAGUGGUUAGAAGAUCUACCCCGGUCAUGGCCGACGGUAUGCCAGGAUUGACGGGAAGGUUUUCCAGUUCCUGAAUGCAAAGUGUGAAUCUGCUUUCCUGGCCAAGAGGAACCCCAGGCAGAUAAACUGGACUGUUCUGUACAGGCGUAAGCACAAGAAAGGCCAGUCUGAAGAUGUGGCGCAGAAGCGCACCCGUCGAGUGAAGUUCCAGAGGGCCAUCACCGGUGCCUCCCUGGCUGAAAUCUUGGCCAAGAGGAAUCAGAAGCCUGAAGUUCGCAAGGCCCAGAGGGAACAGGCAAUAAGAGCUGCUAAGCUUAGAGCUUAG